AAACCAACUGCUGGAGCGUGCCAAGAGUCCAUAGCAACGCCCUUUUGAAAUCAGAGUGGGAAAGGCUGAAGCCAGCUCUCAGGCAGAGCGUCUAUGCCUCAGGACGGGCAGACGCUUAGGAUGGAUACCCCAAGCCCGGAUGAACCCCUAGGAAAGCAAAACGAAAACCUGCAAGACCAGGAUGAGGAAUUGGGGUUUAAGGAAAUGGAUGGUCUGAGAGAAGCUUUGGCCAACCUUAGGGGACUGUCUGAGGAAGAGAAGGGCGAGAAGGCAAUGCUCCGCUCCCGCAUCCAAGAGCAAUCCCAGCUCAUCUGCAUCCUGAAACGCAGAGCCGAUGAGGCUCUGGAACGCUGCCAGAUCCUGGAACUGCUCAACACCGAGCUGGAGGAGAAGAGGAUGCAGGAGAUGGAGACGAUGAAGGCCCAGAGUGAGCACGUACAAAAGCUGGAGGGUCGCUUUAUGACCCUGGCAGCCAACCACGAGCUGAUGAUCCGCUUCAAGGACGAGCACAAGAAUGAAAACCUCAAGCUGAAAGAGGAGAAUGAGAAGCUGAAGCAGGAGAAUAGCAACCUCUUCAGUCAGGCUCUGAAAGACCGGGAGGCCAAGAUACUGCAGCUCACUGCACACAACAAGGCCCUGGCGGAGGAACUAGAGGUCUUGAAACAGAGGUGUGCACUCGAUGCCAGCCAGGCUCAGGCCCGAGAGAAGGAACUGCUGGGUCUACAGAGCCAGCAGGCCUGCGCCCAUGCCAAGGAGACAGAGCAGCUGCUCAGCCAGCUGCAGAGCCUCAAGCAGCUACACCGGCAGGCCACCGACCAGAUGGCGAAGGACCAGGAGGCGCAUAGCAGCCUGAGCCAGGAGCUACAGACCAGGCUGCAGACUGUCACACGUGAGAAAGAGGAGCUGCUGCAGCUGUCCAUGGAGAGGGGCAAGGUGCUCCAGAACAAACAGGCGGAGAUCCGCCAGCUUGAGGAGAAAUUGGAGACAGCAGCCAUGGCCAAGAAGCAUGCACUGGAACGCUUCGAGCAGGAGGCAGUGGCGGUUGAUAGCAACUUGAGAGUCCGCGAGCUUCAGCGCAAGGUAGAUGGGAUCCAAAAGGCUUAUGAUGAGCUGCGUCUUCAAUCGGAAGCCUUCAAAAAGCACAGCCUGGAUCUUUUAAGCAAGGAAAGAGAACUUAAUGCCAAACUCCGCCAUCUCUUUCCAUAAGGGAAAUUCAGCUUCCUGUUGCCUCCAGUGACUACUUCAGAUAUUUGUGUCUUAACAUUACGGCAAAAGCAAAGUUAAUUUACUAUACUUUUAAGUACAAAACCACUUUCCUAUGACGUUGUUGUUACUACUGUUGUAAAAUUAAUAUUAAUGUUCAGUUCUACCACCUAGAAUACAUUUAAAAUUAACCAGAGUCCCCGCUGUGCCUUUGAAAUUUUCUUCAGAUUAACUGUAUCUUCUACCUCAUAAUUUACUCAUCUCCAACCUCAGAUAUCUUCUUAUAGCUUUAGAUUUAGGAUUUCAAGGAUCCUAAAAUGAAUCUGCUGUCAUGAAAAAAGGAAAACGUAGCCCCAUUAGCCAUUGCAGAGAGUUAAGCUUAUUGUGGGUGUUACUGUAGCUGAGCUCAUAAGCAGAUGUCAGCCUGGUUCCCAGCAAAGAGUGUGAUUUGAUCUGGUUUUGCUUUUACUUGGCAAACCAACAGUUUGAUCACUCAUUUGUUCAACCAAAGUAUAAAAGCCAGCUCUGUUACACUCAUUCUAUUGAGCAUUAAGAGUCACGCUGGUUGAGUCAACCAAUUUUAGUAUUUCCAGCACGUUUAGCUCACUUCCGCGUUCUUGGUUUUCUUCUUAGUGACAGAAAAGAUUUAGAUGUGCUGUAUUGAGAUUCGCAGUGGUUUCAUUUUCUAUUGUACAAUGUGCUAGUAGACAAAAGUACCUCAAUUUAAGGCAGGCAGUCAUUGCAGAUCAGGUUUGUUUUUACAGUAACUUAUAUAUUGUUUUCUGCUUCUGUCAAUACAUUCUCUUGUAAUUAAAUUUGCAUUUUAAAAGUCUAAGCUGAAUGUGUACAUAUAUAUACAUAUACACUUAUGGAUUUUGUAGGAAUAAUUUAUUUUUGUAGAAAAAGUUAUUUAACAUGACAGUUAAAUGUAGACUUCUGUAAAAUUCUCAAAGAAGUCUUCAAGUUAAUUACCAAAAUAUAAUUUAUUUCUCUAUUUCUCCUAUAUUUAAUCAGUUUAUGUAUGCAAUUAUGAAUACCUGUAAGAUAGAUUAUAAUAUAGUAAAUUUUCCCAUUCAUUUGGUGACAAGAACACCAAGAGUUACAUAGGGAGUUUUAUACACUAAAAAGCUGUUACUUAUGGCUUUCUUUUUACUUGUUGUUGUUGGUUUUGAGACAGAGAAAUUUAUCCCAGGUUGCCUUUGAAUUCACCCUGUAGCCAAUAUCACUAUGUAAAUGAAGACAGAAGAAAGGGAAUGUGUAAUUCCUGUGUAUCAAAGAUUUUCCUUAAAUAAUUUUUUAUA